CGCUGCCGGGCCCGGCUGGGAGAGGUCUCCCCUCCAUGGGGAGGCCCAGCAGCCCUCCGCAGGCCGAGAUCCGAUCUCCGCUGUGGACGCUGCCGGAGGAACUGCUGCUGCUGAUCUGUUCGUACCUGGACGCGAGGGCCUUGGGCCGCCUGGGCCAGACCUGUCGCCGCCUUUUCCGUUUCACUUCCCGUGAUGUGCUGUGGAGGCGCCUCGCCCGUUUCUCCCUGAACGCAGGCUUCAGCGCGCUGGGCGCCGACCUAGUGGUAGGAAUCCCAGUGAAAGAAAGAGUCAAAGUUUCUCAGAAUUGGAGGCUAGGACGCUGUCGAAGAAUUCCACUCCUCAGAUGGAAACGCAAUUUAAUGCCCUGGAUGCAACUAGAUGGUGAUUACCUCUAUCUAUCCCAGGCAGAAGAUAUCCACCUUUAUUGGCUCCACCCUAAAGAUACCAAUUUGAUAUGGUAUCCUCAGACAGUUUUCUCUGGUCACCAAGAGGAUGUGUGCCGUUUUGUAGUUAAUAAUGGCCAUAUUAUCAGUGGAGGAGGAGAUGGAAAUAUUGCCCUCCAUAAACUUAAUAGUUCUUUCAGUUUUAAGAUCCUUGGGCACCAACAGGAAGUGAACUGUGUGGAUUCCCAAGAGUCUAUCAUUGUGAGUGGUUCUCGAGACAGAACAGCAAAGGUUUGGUCCUUAUCAUCAGGCAGGGCUGGGCAGUGUCUGCAUACAAUACAGACAGAAGACCGGGUCUGGUCUAUUGCUAUUAGUCCAUUAUCAAGUUCAUUUGUGACUGGAACAGCAUGCUGUGGACAUAAUUCACCUUUGAGAAUCUGGGACUUAGGGAGUGGGCAGCUGAUCACCUGUCUUGGAACAGAUUUCCACAGAGGAGCUGGAGUCUUGGAUGUUUUCUAUGAAACACCUUCAACUUUGCUCUCUUGUGGAUAUGAUACCUACAUAAGAUACUGGGAUUUAAGAACAAGCACAAAGGAAUGUGUGAAGAAAUGGGAAGAACCACAUGACAGUGCCCUAUAUUGCAUUAGAAGCAAUGGAAGUCAUAUGAUUGCAAGUGGCUCCUCUUAUUAUGGAGUGGUACGUCUUUGGGACAAACGACAAACAAGAUGCUUGCAGAGUUUCUCCUUGUCAUCCCCUAUCAGCAGUCCUGUAUACUGUCUACGUUUCAGCACCACUCAUCUCUAUGCGACACUGGCAUCGGCACUGUAUGUCCUUGAUUUCACUACCUCCUGACACUGAUAUGCUUGGACUUCAGACUCAGGGAGCACAAAGAAAAAUAACAACUUUAAGACAAUAAAACAGCAGUUGCUAAAGAACAUCCCAUUUCUGUCUUCUGGUGUUAGUAAAAUCUAAUGUAUCUUUCCAACCCAA